AUGGCAAGAAAGAAAAGCAAGCAGCAAGGCGUCGCUCAGAAGGAGCUUGUACCUGGCCAGCAGACCGUACCGAAGAACCCAGUCUCUCCCGGCGAUGCAACUGGCGGCGACGGCGGCGGCGAAGAUGCUGGAGAUAGGCUGAACACCACCAGGGCGAACCAGUCGAUGCAUACCUGCUGCCUCCUGUGCCACCGUGAAUUUAAGGACUGGGGGGCGAACUCAGUGAACGGGCUCCAUGCGGUACACGACACCAAACUGGCUGACGCUGUGCCUGUACAGGCCUUAUUGUGGGACGCGCCAUGCCGUAAGUUGGCUGAGUCCCUGCUGGGAGAGGUGCCUCUGUGGAUCUGUCAGAGCUGCUGCAAGAGUGUGGAGGAGGAGGAAAGAAGGAGUGCCCAGGAGCAGGCAACAGGGGUACCAUUGUCACACUCUUCCUCUUGUAAGUUCCAGGGCUGUGGGAAUGGCUACCCGGAGCAAAGUACUGUGGAUUGGGACCCGAGUUCCUUCCUGUCAGCCCACAAACUCUCAGGGCUCUGGAACUCGGCCCACACCAACGGAGGGGAUCACUGCAACCACAACGCGCCCUUACACAUACAACAAGGUAUUACAGCAGGAUCAGCCUGCCAGGAGAAGAGAGGACUUCACGAAGCACCCGGAAAAUCUGCUAAAGCCCCAAUCGCCAAAGUGUGCCCCUACAGUCACCCGCUUACCCAGAAUUCCAGUGGCUCGACUGCUGGGACCCCCCUGUCUACCUCAACUGACCUGUGCAAGACCACUCCCAAGCAUUUCAAGAAUGUGUGCCGUCGACCAACGCCACCAGGUGAAGCCUUCCACACCAGUGACCAUCAUCUACACACAGACUUGUCGGUACCGCCCAAUAGUCCCACGGGCCUGUCUUCACAGCAUACCUCCCGACUACCACCCAAAUCCAAUUCGGGACAACACAACCACGUAACUUCCUCAUCUGCCAAUGCUGUCGCAGGCCACACUCCUUUCUCCCCCCUGGUACCCAAUCUCCAUGGGUCCACAGCAAAAAGGGCUUCUUGUAGUCCUGAGAGUCCGACAUUAGCUCAUAAGUCCAGUCCCUGCAAAAAUCCCCACAUUCCUCCUGUGAACACACAACAUAGCAAAUCGGGCACACCUGUGGCAGGCUGUAACCACAGUUGUAAUGGACACAGUACGGGAUCUGUGCCCUCUACAAAUGUGGGAAACGUGUCAGCUGGGGCCUGCAGGGACCAGGCAUGUAAGGGGCACAAAUGGACAGCACUAGAGAUAGAGGAAGUUGAAGAUGAAGACAGUAGCUCUGAGAGAAGCUCUUGCGCAUCCUCUUCCACAAACCAGAAGGACGGAAAGUACUGCGACUGCUGUUAUUGCGAGUUCUUUGGACACAAUGCGCCGCCAGCUGCUCCGACGAGUCGAAACUAUGCUGAGAUCCGAGAGAAGCUCCGGUCACGACUCACCAGACGCAAGGAAGAGCUGCCUCAGCGCCAGGACUCAGAACUGACAGGGUCUGGUGCCAUUGACAACCGGGAUGUAGAUGAAUUGCUAGACUUCAUCAACAGUUCUGAGCCCAAACCCGUUAACAGUGCCAAGGCGGCCAAAAGGGCAAGGCACAAACAAAAGAAGAAGGAAAAAGCUCUACAGAGCAAUGCGACUACUACAGCCAGUGAUCCCCUAUCUAAUCCAUCAGAGUGCAUAGAUGAGCCCAUGCCUGACACUGCUGAAGCCUCACGGUUAUUGGAUUGGCCCCAGCUGGAACUUGAGCGGGUCAACAGUUUUCUCACCAGUCGACUGGAAGAGAUUAAAAACACCAUCAAAGACUCCAUUCGGGCUUCGUUUAGCAUGUACGACCUCAAUCUGGACGUCAAUGACUUCCCAAAAAAGGCAGCUACGCUGGAAGGCAACCAUUUACUGUCUCAUCUGAACGGCUCCUCUGAUUUGCAGCAGAUAGACCUCGACUUGGCCCCUCUUUCGUUGGGAACCUUUAAGAACCAUCUGGACAUAGUUAAUGGAUGGGAGGACACAAACACCCAGAAUACCGCCACUACCACCACCGCCACAGCCCCAGCUACUGCACUCUCGGGCGGGUCCAAGGACAUCCAGCGCUUGAACACUACACCCAGUCUUUCCAAGCUCAUUAGAGUCCGUUCCCCAGAAAAAUGCACUUCCUCCGCAUCUGAUAGUCCACCACAGGUACCGGCCCAAGUUACAGCUAAAUCAAAGGAGGAUAUUUCAGAUCCUAAGAACAGCACAAUUGGGAAUGGUGGUACAAAGUCAAAGAAGAGUAAAAAGCAACAGCAAAAAUUGGAGCCGUCGUUUACAGAGCACAAUUCUAAAGUCACAGAGUCAAAAAUGACUGAAAUAAUUUGUAAUGGCUCAAAAGUUGCACUUAAACAAGUUCAUCAACCAGUGGACAACCAGAGAAAUGGUUUGAAAAAAGCUGAGGAUAGCAGAUCAUCCAGAAAUUCAGCAGCCAAUGGAGCUAACGUUGGCCCAUCCAAUUCACACAAGAUUAAAGGUGACACCGAGAUGCGUGCAGUCCGAUGUGAACAGGAAUUCGAAAGCAAGUCUCAUCUAGCCAUUCUGACAAACGGGCAGCAUCAGGUGCAAUCCAAGGGGAAAAAUAAGAAGAACAAGAACAAGGGUGAAAAAUCUACUGGUGCUAUUGAUGAUGUCUUUCUCCCAAAAGAUGUGGAUCCUACAGAAAUGGAUGAAACUGAUAGAGAAGUGGAAUACUUUAAAAGGUUCUGUCUCGAUUCGGCAAAACAGACCCGCCGGAAGGUCGCGGUGAAUUGGUCCAACUUCAGUCUCAAAAAAGUCCCCUCCAAUGCAGCUCAAUAA